AGCUCGAAGAAGAAGAAGAAGAAGAAGAAGCAGCAGCUCAGAGGGAAGCUCUAUUCCCACAUCAAUGCCAUUCACUUCACACCCCUAAAUUCCCCAACUCCGAGAUCCGAUCAGAUCUCUCCAAUGGCGCUCCGUUUUCGCUUCGCCGCAUUCUCUCUUAUCCUUGUACUCUCUCCUCUUCUCCUCCACGCCAAGACCCUAAAGCGCGACAUGAAAGCACUGAACGAGAUCAAGGCCUCUUUGGGCUGGAGAGUAGUCUACGCCUGGGUCGGAGACGAUCCCUGCGGCGACGGCGACCUCCCGCCGUGGUCCGGCGUCACUUGCUCCACCCAAGGCGACUACCGAGUCGUCACUGAGCUGGAGGUUUAUGCAGUCUCGAUUGUUGGGCCUUUUCCUACUGCUGUUACUAAUCUCUUGGAUCUCACUAGGCUGGAUCUUCAUAACAACAAGUUAACAGGGCCUAUCCCUCCUCAGAUUGGACGAUUGAAGCGCCUAAGAAUACUUAACUUGAGAUGGAAUAAGCUGCAAGAUGUCAUUCCUCCUGAGAUUGGUGAAUUGAAGAGUUUAACCCAUCUGUAUCUAAGCUUCAACAGUUUCAAAGGGGAAAUUCCUAGGGAGCUUGCUAAUCUUCCAGCUCUUCGCUAUCUCUAUCUGCAAGAAAAUCGUCUUAUUGGGCGAAUUCCAGCAGAACUAGGAACUCUGCAAAAUCUUCGGCACUUGGAUGUUGGCAACAAUCAUUUGGUGGGUACUAUUCGAGAACUCAUACGCAUUGAGGGCUGCUUUCCGGCUUUGCGUAACCUUUACCUGAACAACAAUUAUCUUACUGGAGGAAUUCCAGCUCAGCUUGCCAACUUGACCAACCUGGAAAUCUUGUACCUGUCUUACAACAAGAUGUCUGGGAUUGUACCAUUAGCAAUAUCUCAUAUUCCUCGAUUGACAUACUUGUACUUGGAUCACAAUCAGUUUUCAGGGAGAAUUCCUGAUGCCUUCUAUAAACACCCAUUCUUGAAAGACAUGUAUAUUGAAGGUAAUGCAUUCAAGCCAGGUGUUAAACCAAUAGGCAUACACAAAGUUCUUGAGCUCACUGAUACAGAAUUCCUGGUCUAGUCAAGAUAUCAACAUAGUUUUUAUUUAUUCAUCAAUUGUGUUAAUGUACUUGCCCAAACAAGGGUCAUAUAUUAUCUGAGUGAAAAGGAAAUGUGUCAGAUGAAUUUUUGCUACCACUGAAAGUAUCCAUGUCGUCAACUUUCCAAGGAGUUGAAUCUGUGUAAAUUGUAGCAGAGCUUCAUAUUAGUUGAAACAUCCGGAUUAACAUAAAUAACAAUUUUCAUUUGUUGUCACA